ACUGCUCUCUCUUGCAAGGAAACGAGGGGAAAGCGGGGUGAUAGAUUUCCUCCCUUGUUCUCUUGGUUUGCUCCGUUUGGUGUCGAAGGUUGAGGCGGGAGAGACGGAGAGAUUCAUUCCGACGAGGUGGGAGGCACGACAAGUUUAGUUGCUGUGAAUUAGAAGAAGGCAAGCGAGAACAUGGGGAAGAAGGCAAAGUGGUUUGGGGCCGUGAAGAAGGUCUUCAGCCCUGAAUCAAGGGAGAAGAAGAAAGAGAGGUUGAAGAAGAAAUUGGGAACGAGGACAUUCAAAGCUGCAGAUCCAUGCCCCGCUGACUCGCUAGAAUGUGCUGUUCCUCGCGAGGUACUUCCUCCACCGCAGACUCAUCCGGAGGAGGAUGAAGUAGUGGAGGGUGAGACUGAGCAGAGCAAUCCUGAUCCCCCUGUAGCACUCGCCACCCCUGCUGCAACAGAGCCUGUUGCUACUGUUGAGGCUGCAACAGAGAUCAUUCAACUUGCAGCCACUACAAAGUUCCCCGGCAAGACGAGGGAAGAAAUUGCUGCAAUCGAGAUCCAGACUGCCUUCCGAGCCUACAUGGCAAGAAGAGAACUUCGGGCCAUGAAAGGAUUGGUCAGGUUGAAGUCACUAAUGCAUGGCAACUCUGUUAAGCGCCAAGCCACGACCACAUUACGCUCCAUGCAGACACUGGCAAGAGUUCAAUCGCAGAUCCUUUCAAGGAGAAUGAGGUUAAUGGAAGAGAACCAGGUUCUGCAGCGGCAAAUGCUGCUUAAACAUGAAAGAGACCUCGAGAAUUUGAAGAUGGGAGAAGAAUGGGAUGAUAGUUUACAAUCAAGGGAACAAAUUGAAGCAAGUCUGUUGGGCAAGCAGGAGGCUGCAGUAAGACGAGAAAGAGCACUGGCUUAUGCAUUCUCUCAUCAGUGGAAAAGCACCUCAAAAUCGACGAAUCCAAUGUUUCUGGACCCCAACAACCUACAAUGGGGUUGGAGCUGGGUGGAGCGGUGGACGGCAGCAAAGCCAUGGGAGACGAGGGGCACAACAGAUAAAGAACUCAGCAACGGCCGUGCCUCUGCCAAGAGUGCCACUGAGAGCGAUGCUUGUGCAGAAGCUAAUCCAGAUAAGCUCUCUCCAGCUGCCCGUAAACCCUCGACGGUACCACCUCCCACGAGAACCCCUCGGUUAACAGGGAAGACGAAAUCUGCAAGCCCGAAACUUGGGUCGGCCUCAUCGAUCAUCAGCAUGCAGUCAGAGAGAUCCAGGAGGCGCAGCUUGGAGACAGCAGCGGCAGCACCGGCGAGGGACGACGAGAGCUUAGCAGGUUCGCUGGCUGUUCGUAGCUACAUGGCUCCCACGGAGUCAGCAAGAGCCAAAUCCCGCUUCCAGAGCUUGUCAAACGACGAUGCCGAGGCUCCAGAUAAAGCUUCCAUUGCUCCCGCGAAGAAGAGGUUGUCUUUGCCUACCGGAGAUAGGCAUAACGCAGCGCCUCCAGCUGCGAUGAGACGGAAGUCGGGUCCUCCGAAGGUGGAUGUGGCAUCUGCGAAGGAUGGAGCAGGCCCAGAUUUGACCACGAUAGAAUCGACAGGGGCGAUAACGUCGUUCUGAAAUGAGAAGACGCAACUGUUACCUCAAAUUUACUUUAUGAUCAUGAUUCAAAUCAUUUGAAGUAAAAUGUUUGUAAGUGACAGCUUAAUUUACCGUGAUUUGUUCUUUUGUAUGAACACACUUUGGCGA